AUGUUUGUUGGCGAUUCGUUGAGCCUAAACCAAUGGCAGUCGCUCACAUGCAUGCUUCAUGUAGCAGUGCCACAAGCUAAGUACACCUCGGAGAGAAUUGGAGGGCUGUCCAGAUUCACAUUCCCGAUGUAUAAUGCUUCAAUCAUGUUCUUCCGAAAUGCUUUUCUUGUUGAUAUCAUAAGCGAAAAAAGUGGAAGGGUUCUCAAACUGGACUCACUCUCUACUAGUAAAGUGUGGCAAGGGAUGGACACAUUGAUCUUCAACUCAUGGCAUUGGUGGCUUCACACUGGAAGGAAACAACCUUGGGAUCUUAUUCAAGAUGAUAAUGCUACGUACAAAGACAUGGACCGCUUGGUUGCCUACGGGAAAGCAUUGAAUACAUGGGCUAGAUGGAUAGAAUCUAAUGUUGAUCAGAGAAAGACCAAAGUGUUCUUUCAGGGUGUUUCCCCAGAUCAUGCCAGUGGUACAGGAUCGAAUGCAAAGAACUGUGGGAGACAAACGCAGCCAUUACCUGGCCCGAACUAUCUGGGAGGGCCACACCCAGCGGAAGUGGUACUAGAGCAGGUUUUGCAGUCAAUAUCUAAACCAGUCUAUUUGCUCAACAUCACUGGCAUGUCACAACUAAGGAUAGAUGGGCACCCAUCGGUUUAUGGACAUGGAGGGCACAGAGAGAUGGACUGCAGCCAUUGGUGUCUAGCUGGAGUCCCUGAUUCUUGGAAUCAACUGUUGUACACAGCUCUCGUUCAAAGCUAA